UUUCUCCAUCAGUAGCUGAAGCACAAAAGUCCCCAUCAUGGAUUUUCAGCAUCGUCCUGGAGGCAAAACGGGCAGUGGAGGCGUAGCCUCUGCCUCAGAAAGUAACCGAGACCGCAGGGAAAGGCUCCGGCAGUUGGCUUUGGAAACCAUCGACAUCAACAAGGACCCUUAUUUUAUGAAAAAUCACUUGGGCUCGUAUGAAUGCAAGCUCUGCCUAACGCUGCACAACAAUGAGGGAAGUUACUUAGCCCAUACCCAGGGGAAGAAGCAUCAGACCAAUCUGGCCCGUCGAGCUGCCAAGGAGGCCAAGGAGGCCCCUGCCCAGCCCGCGCCGGAAAAGGUCAAAGUGGAAGUGAAGAAAUUUGUGAAAAUUGGAAGACCAGGUUAUAAAGUGACCAAACAGAGAGAUCCAGAAACAGGCCAGCAGAGCCUUCUCUUCCAGAUUGAUUAUCCAGAGAUUGCAGAAAGUAUCAUGCCUCGUCACCGCUUCAUGUCAGCCUAUGAGCAGAGGAUUGAGCCCCCUGAUAGACGCUGGCAAUACCUUUUGAUGGCAGCAGAGCCCUAUGAGACCAUAGCCUUCAAGGUGCCAAGCAGAGAAAUCGACAAAGCAGAAGGAAAGUUUUGGACUCACUGGAACAGAGAAACCAAACAGGAGGCAUGACUCUGCCUCCUAUGCCUCCCUCUGGACCGGUGCCACCGCCUCCAGUGCCACCGCAGUUGCCACCAGCCCCCGGUGUACCCCCUCCUGCUCCUCUGCCACCCAUGAUGAGGCCACCGCUCCCCACGGAGGGGCCAGGCACUAUCCCCCCUCCACCUCCCUCCAACUGAAGCCCCUCCUGGACUCAGUCCCGCUGGACUCCUCCAGCUCCUCUCUUUUUAUAUGCAGAUCAUGACUGAUUGAGAGAACUACUUCGGGUUUGUAUGCCUGCGAAUUUGACUAAAUCCUGUAGGUUCAUUAAAAGGUUUUCAAUUUUCCUUUC